AUGGGAACUCAAAAGAAGGAAAAGCAAAGAAGGGUAAGGGAGAAUGAUACCAGAGACGGUAAUCUUCGAGUUAAAGGAGAAAACUUUUACCGUGAUGCUAAAAAAGUGAAACAUUUGAAUAUGUAUAAACAAGGAAGAGCUAUUCGUAAUAAGAAGGGAGAAAUAAUAAAAGCUGCUGAUUUACAAAGUACAGAUAUACCAAAUGCAAGAGUUGAUCCAAAUAGAAAAUGGUUCGGUAACACAAGAGUGAUUGCUCAAGAUGCUUUAACCCAUUUCAGAGAAGUUAUGGGUGAAAAAUCCAAAGAUUCAUAUCAAGUAUUAUUGAAAAGAAAUAAAUUACCAAUGUCAUUAUUGGAUGAAAAAGAUACAACUGAAUCACCAACUGCUAAAAUUGUUGAAACCGAAUCGUAUUCCUCGACAUUUGGUCCUAAACAACAACGUAAGAAACCUAGAGUCGCUGCUUCUAGUUUGGAAGAUUUAAUGAAUGCUGCUGAAGCUGAUUCAACCCAAUUCCAAGAAAAGCAAGAAUUAGAUUCAACUCUUGGAUUAAUGGGUGGUUCUAUCUUGGAUAAAGAUGAUUUCACACAAGAAGCUAAAGAGGCUAUUUUCCAUAAAGGUCAAUCCAAACGUAUUUGGAAUGAGUUAUAUAAAGUUAUUGACUCUUCUGAUGUGGUUAUACAUGUGUUGGAUGCCAGAGAUCCAGUUGGUACCAGAUGUGAAUCUGUUGAGAAAUACAUAAAGGAUGAAUGUCCUCAUAAACAUUUAAUUUAUGUUUUAAACAAAUGUGAUUUAGUUCCAACUUGGGUAGCGGCUGCUUGGGUUAAACAUUUAUCAAAAUCAUUCCCAACAUUAGCAUUUCAUGCUUCUAUAACCAACUCGUUUGGUAAGGGUUCUUUGAUUCAAUUAUUAAGACAAUUUUCAACUUUACAUUCAGACAGAAAACAAAUUUCUGUGGGGUUCAUAGGAUACCCAAACACUGGUAAAUCAAGUAUAAUAAACACUUUGCGUAAGAAAAAAGUUUGUCAAGUUGCUCCUAUACCCGGUGAAACCAAAGUUUGGCAAUAUAUUACUUUGAUGAAACGUAUAUUCUUGAUUGAUUGUCCUGGGAUUGUUCCACCCCUGAGCAAAGAUACCGAAUCUGACAUUUUAUUCAGAGGUGUGGUGAGAGUGGAACAUGUUUCUAAUCCAGAACAAUACAUCCCUGACAUGUUGCAAAAAUGUGAAAGAAAACAUCUUGAGAGAACCUAUGAAAUCAAAGGUUGGAGUAAAUUUGAGGAAGAUGAAAGUCUAUUGGAAAGAGCUAGUACAGAAUUUAUAGAAUUAAUUGCUAGGAAACAAGGUAGAUUGUUGAAAGGUGGUGAACCAGAUGAAAGUGGUGUUUCUAAACAAAUAUUAAAUGAUUUCAACCGUGGUAAAAUCCCUUGGUUCGUACCUCCACCAAAGGAUGAGGAAAAAGAUGAAGACAAAACUGGUGAAGAUAAGAAAAUUGGCUACAAGAGAAAGAGACAAGAAAGAGAAGCUGCUGAGAAAGAGCUACAAGAGAAAGAAGAAAAUCAAGAUGAAGAUGAUAAAGAAGUUAAGAAAGCUAAAUUAGAAGAGUAA